CGGCAGGCGCCACAAGGUGAACGAAUGGCCAAUGAGUGAGGUCACCCUGCACAGUCACAAGUUUGUCAUUGCUGCUGGGAGUCCUGGUGAGAAAUUCGUCCUUCUUAUCGGGGCCUCCCAUUUGCGGUCUAUCGCGGACGGCAUUGUUCCAAUGCCAGGUAACCGCAUUGCUUUUGGGGUCAUGUCGACUUCAGGGGCGUGCGCAGAUGACCUGCACCGCGAGGUUCUGCAUGCUGUAGUUCCUCGGGAGCCUGAUGCUGUUUGCGUCAUGGCUCCAUCCAACAACCUUACGGCCAGCAAAAUACCUGAACAGGCGGGACAAGUUUUUGAGCGGUACCUUUUGGCUGUUCUCAGUCGCUGGCCUAAGGUUUUUUGUACCGCUAUGGUUCAGCGUCUGUAAUGUGCCGCGUUCUCCCUGUCCUGGGGAGGCGACCGAGGGUCCUGUGCCGGAGGAGAGGGACGAUGGACAGCGCACCCAAACGUUACCCCGAGGUCAGGCUGUUAACACCAUUUCUUGCAUGUGUUCACAGGGGGUGCCUAUGUCUUUUGUUCCUGGGACAAUUGUUCAAAAUCAUACCUUAGAUGUAGAUACUAUAACUGCAACUAGUGUUGUUGCAGGUAUAAGACAUUUAAUUUCUCCCAUUUGUACCUGGAAGUCGUUAGAUGUGGAUGAAAUUGUGGUUGAAGGUUGGAAGUUAGGUGCAUAUAUAGCUUCUGAAAGAGUGGAGACAGGCAGAAAGCAGAAGUUGUGUGAGUUGGUGGAGGAGCAGAGCAUCUUUGGUAGGAAGUGGAAAGUAAGGAUGGGUACGUUUGCUGGUGGAAAUUUAGAUUUUGGGCAGGAUGCAGAAUUAGGUAAAGUGCUGAAGGAGUAUUUGUUGCAAGAUGGGAUGUGUAUCCUUGAUCUUCAGGAUGCAAUCAUGUUGAUUAUCCAGCAUAACGAGUACUUUGUAGUUGUGGACUGUGGAAUACGAAAUUCACAGGGGUUGGCAUCAGAGGUUGGUACAUCUGUAGUGGUUUUUAAUACGUGUUUAAAUGAUUUAAUGCAGGAGAUGUGUCCAAAAUAUGAGACUUGUUUUCUGACUGUAAAAUGAAACACUUGUGCCCUUAACAGUCAAGGAGGACGUUAUGCUAUGGUAGACUCCCAUGCUCGUAACUCACAUGGGAUGGUAGAUGCCAAAGGGAAGAGCAUCGUUUUGUAUUUUAGCAGUCUUGAGCAGGUCUUUAAGUAUAUUAUCACGUUUGCUGGACAACCAAGUGAUGGUCCUGCAUUGUUUGAAAUUAGUGGGAUCUGUGUGAAUAAAAUGGACAAUGAGGAAUGUUUCAUUGAACUUGGUGAUGUUAGUACAGGAAGUCAGCGUGGUUGUAGCUCUUUUGAAUAUGCCUGUGUUCAGGAAGAACAGUCUACAUGUCAUGACAAACCCAGGAAGCGUAAAAUGGCUGCACAGUGUUCCAGUUUUAAAAAGACGAAGAUGACUGAUGUUGAUCAAGUCAAUUCAGAUGUAGUGUUUGUUAGCAGUGUGAGAAGUAGAAGUUUGAUGUUUAAUCCUCUUUCACAAGUGGUUGCAGAGACUGUGUGCAAACAGUUGAAUGUAGAUUGUUUAAAGAGUGAUUCAGUGUCUUGCUUGGUUGGAGAGCUAGGAGUGCCUUGCAUGAUGGACAAGAUUAUUCCUGAUGGAAAUUGUUUCUUUCGGGCUGUAAGUCAAGCGGUUAGUGUCACACAGAAAUGGCAUAGGAAAAUUAGACUUGCUGUAGUGAAGCACUUGGAGAGGAAUCCUAAGUCAUAUAACAAUAUUUUGAGAGCUGAGUUUUCCUCUGUUGCUGAUUAUAUUAAUCGGUCAAGGAUGCGAUAUGUUGGUAGUUGGGCAACUGAAGUUGAAAUUCAAGCUGUGGCGGACUGUUUGGGUGUAAAUGUAUUUACAUAUUAUAUUGAUAAAUGGCUUGAAUAUAAAUGUAACGGUAGUCAGUUGUCGGAUCAGUCUGUUUAUUUACAAAAUGUUGAUGGUAACCAUUAUGACACCGUUGUUUGUGUUAGACAACCUGAAACACAAACCUGUUAUGGUUAUUGUAAAGUAAAGCUUUUAAAUUUGGAAGGAUAUAAUAUUAGAGAGAAGGACAUGGAUAAACAAACAUUUGGCUUAGAGGACAUGAAAACACAGGGCACCAAUGCAGUGGAUAAUGUUUGUAUUCCAGAUGAAGACUUGUUGACAUUUAAUCCUUUGUGUGCAAAUGUUGCCCAAGGUUUGUGUGACAAAUGUAAAAUUGACUUUGUCAAAUUGGAUGUUCAAGGGUCAACAUCGAGUGGGCCUUUAGGGGAUGUGUGUAGAACGGAAAAUGUAGUUCAAGAUGCAAACAGUUUCUUCAGAGCUGUAGCUCAGGUAAUUAGUGGAUCUCAGAAAACCCAUCGUAGAAUUAGGCUUGCUGUUGUUUCUUAUAUGGAAAGAAACAAAGUAGAAGGUAAAAGGUUGGUUGGUAGUGGAUAUGCGUCUGUGUCGCAAUAUGUUAAAAAAUCGCGUAUGAAGUAUGUUGGACAUGAAGCUUCAGAGAUUGAAAUACAUGCAACAGCUAAUGCAUUAGGCAUGAAUUUAUAUGUGCACAAUGGCAGCCAGUGGAAAACAUAUAGUUCAACAUCAACUCAAACAAAUGGAGUAUAUUUAAAAUGGGACACCUGUCACUUUGAUGCAGUUAAAUGUGUCAUGCAGGGUGACAAGCAAGUUUGCUAUAGUUUAUGUAAAGUUAAUGAAUUAUCAGGAACACCAUCUAUGCGACCAAGAAAACCCAAAAAUCAACAAACUUCUAGUAAAAAAAACAAUUCUUCUGGAAUCCCUUAUUCUAGGUAUGUAAAGCAGAAACAAUCGUUUAGAUUAGUUGCAAAAUACUGGCAAUACUUACAGUAUAGCAUAAAGCUGAAAUAUAGACAUAUUUAUAAUCAAAAUGUAUAUUAUAAACAGAAGAAGAGUGAUGCCAGUAAGACAUUAUACAAAAAAGAUGCAUUGCAUAAAGGAAAAGUAAAGGCCACCAGUGAGGCUGCAAGUAAACAAAAAUAUAAAGACAAUCCGUUGCAUAAAGAAAAAGUAAAGGCCAUGAGUAAGGCCACAAGUAAACAAAAUAUAAAGAAAAUCUAUUGCAUAAACAGAAAGUAAAGUUAAUGAGUAAACAAAAAUACAAGUUAAAUCAGCAACACAGGCAGAAGUUAAAAGAUAUUAGCAUAAGAAAAUAUCAUGGCGAUAUAGGACAUAAGAAGAAGGUUUUGGUACGUGGAAAACUAAAUAGAAAACAGCAUAAAGAAAACUCAAAGCAAUUUGAUUUUGUGAUGAAACAAUUUCUAGAUAAGGUUAAAGAUGGGCCUGAUUUUGUCUGUUCAGUCUGUCAUAGAUUGCUCUUCAGACAUCAGGUUUUAGUAUGUCAAAAAGAUUAUUAUUUGAAAAGCAAAGCUAGUGCUGACAUUGCCACUAAAUGUAUUUGUAACGAUUAUGUGCACAAAUGUAACAAAGAUUGUGCAAUGCCAUGUGAAUGGAUAGAUUCGCCAAGAGGUAAACUAAUGAUUUGUUACUCCUGCCAUUUUAAGAUUAGCAGAGGUCAAAUGCCACCUGAAAGUGCAAUAAACAAUUUAACCAUUGAUGUAAUUCCUCCACAAUUGGCUUGUUUAAAUAGUUUAGAGCAACAUUUAUUAGCCUUACAUAUACCAUUUAUGAAAAUGUUAGCUUUGCCUAAAGGACGACAAAAUAGUGUACAUGGACCUGUGACUUGUGUCCCAUCCAAUAUAACAGAAACAUGUAAUUUAUUGCCCCGUAGUAAUAUGGAAGGAUCAUUGCUGGCUGUAAAAUUAAAGCGUAAAUUAACUUAUAAAGGCCAUUAUUAAUAUCAACUUGUUGAUACUUUGCAUGUACGGCAAGCUCUUAAGUAUUUAAAGCAGUUCAACAAGCACUAUAAAGAUAUUGAGUUUAAUGAGAGCUGGAUCAUUGAGUUUUGUAUAGAUGACAGUGAUGUGUUGGAUGAAGAUUGUGUUUCUAGUGAAGUGGUUGAGAAAUCUACAGAUGAUGGUGAAGAUGAGCUGUUGC